AUGGCUUUACGUGUGGAAGUGAGCCACGAGGCCGCGACUCGUUACCGUGCUCCGCCGACCCCCGAGAGAUCUUUAUUUCCUGAUUUAGCCUACCGACCGCCUAAGAAGAGUCCGCGUGCUCCGGUAGUCGCGGCCGCGGAAUUCUCCGCGCCGGGAGUCGCGAAUAAUCGCAGGAGUAAUCGGUUCGGAGCGGGGCCUUCAGCUCCGUCUUCGACCACUGCCGACGGUGCCGCAAAUACGACGUCCACAACCACUAUUAAAUGUUGGAAUUGCGAGAAAACUGGUCAUAGGGCGCGGGAGUGUGGAGAAGCGCGCCGCUUGUAUUGCUACCGCUGCGGGGCGGCUAAUGUCACGACUAGAAAUUGUCCGAGCUGUUCGGGAAACGCGGAGGCGGGUCGUUAG